UUCUCGCUAUCGUCAGCACUGAGCACUGAGGCAUCUGUUAGCAAUGUACGCAGUAAACGAUGCAGAGCAUGACGCUCGUGCAACUAGCCCAUUCUCAGAAGACAGUGACUCGCUCUUUGAUGAGCCUCAGAUUGCCAUGCGCACUGCGCCGCCAAUACCUGGGCUUUUCGUUGCACCCAUCAGAUUACCUCUCGAACUGGCAAACGACAUCGUUCAGCAGUGCAUGAACCUUUACUUCGAUGGGCGAGACGUAAAUCAGAUCAUGCUCUUUGGACGCACAGCAUCCGAGCACAACCAGAAUAUGGGAAGCGGCUUACCAACGUUUUUGAUCACACUCCUGCACUGGCUUGCCGAAAUGUUACGCGAUCAUCUACCCGAGAAAGUGCACGAAAUGUUAUUUCCGCCCAAGGAUGCGCCACAGCGCGCACGACAGGCGAUCCUGAACCUGUAUCAUCCUGGAGAAGGCAUCUCACCCCAUGUCGAUCUACUGAAACGGUUCGAUGAUGGAAUCAUAGGAGUAAGCUUUGGAAGUGGGUGUGUGAUGAACUUUGAGCGGGUUCAGUGUCAAGAGGAGCUGUUCGGAGAGGCCGGGCCGCUGGAUAGGAAUCAUUGGGACCUCUAUCUGGAAGAACGCAGUGUUUUGGUCCUAUCGGAGGAUGCGCGCUACGAUUGGACUCACGGGAUUGAUGGAAAACAGAAGGAUUUUGUCAGUGGAGGAAUAGAUGGACAAGGAGAACCUGACUGGAUUGAUAGGGGAACGAGAUUGAGCAUCACAUUCAGGUGGUUGUUGCCAGGCGCAGACAUCGUCGGAGGGCCUGAUCCGUGAUAAGUACGUGGAACUGCCUAGAAAUUAUCAGCUGCACGUGUAGAAAGAAGAUAGUACCAUGUCAGAGUAAGUCAAGUUAAAGAACCAGCGAUGGAAGACAAGCGAUGCGACAGCAAGUAAAAGUCAAAUGAUAUCUAACAAUGCACGGAAUCCUACACCUCAUAAUCAAACUCCUUUGCUAGAGCACAUCUCUGAUACACCUCCCCAAGGGUACGAUAUCAAAUGCCGCCACGUAGAGCAAGAACAAGAUGAAGAACGGAUCCAGCGGUGAUAUUGAACUCCUUAGCGGUUUUAUCAUCCGGCAUUUGUCUCCCUCCGAAGAUCAGUCUCUGUUGUGGUGGUGGCACACCGGA